UCCUUAUAGCAUCGUCUCUAACGCAUCUCUCUGGUUUUCUUUGUGUUUCUCUCAUCUGUCUCAAUGUUUGAACAGUAAGCGAAACAACAAAAAAAUAAUACAGAGAGAUGGGUAGAGCUCCUUGUUGUUCUAAAGUAGGGUUGCAUAGAGGUCCAUGGACUCCCAGGGAAGACACAUUGCUCGUCAAGUACAUUCAAGCUCACGGUGAAGGUCACUGGAGAUCCCUCCCUAAGAAAGCAGGGCUACUUAGGUGUGGAAAGAGUUGCAGGCUGAGAUGGAUGAACUAUCUAAGACCAGAUAUUAAGAGAGGUAAUAUAACACCCGAUGAGGAUGAUCUCAUCGUCAGACUGCAUUCUCUUCUCGGAAACCGCUGGUCUCUCAUCGCCGGACGGCUCCCUGGUCGAACCGAUAACGAGAUUAAAAACUACUGGAACACCCAUCUCAGCAAACGUCUUUUAAGCCAAGGGACCGAUCCCAACACCCACAAGAAACUACCAGACCCGGUCGUGGUUGAAGUUCAACUGGUGAGGAAGCGAAAGAAAACCAUCUGCAGCAGCAGCAAACCAAAAAAAACAGCCGAACCAGAAAAACACAAAAUCCAUCUUCCGAAACCCAUUCGAGUUACAGCUUCGGUUCAGUGUACCAACACAUUCACCACUGUGUCUUCGAGCCAAGGAGGAGGAGAGGUACUGCAAGCUCCCUGGACCGAAUAUGUCAAUGCUGACGAAAACGGGACAGGGUUUUUAUCUGGUUAUGAUAAUAAUGAUGAUCGUGAUCAUAUCAACGGCUCAGAUUUCGAGUGUCAGUCUCUUCAUCAUCAUCAUCAAGUAUAUGGUACCGAAGAUGAUACCAAUUCUCUGGACAAGCUUUACGAAGAGUAUCUGCAGAUUCUGAAGACAAAUGAAGAUCAAGUGCAGAUGGAUUCUUUUGCAGAAUCAUUACCGAUAUGAU